CGGUCUUGUCUCUUGACUCCUCGUCCUUUUCUAAAAUCGGACGGGAAAGGCUGCGAGGCAAACCGGAGUUACAGCCUACUAAACUCCUCCGAAGAUCGCCAGGUGGGGAAGGAUGGAGCUCUGUUGCCUUCACUUGCCUCGGUGGACUCCCAAAGGCAUCGGGUUGCCUAAGGGCUGGAAAAUCUGUCUUGGCAAACUUCUUGUCAGAGACCAUUGAAGGUAUUGGCAGUUACAUCCCCACACAAGGAGUAAGGAUUUUAGAAUAUGAGAAGCCACAUUUCAAUGGAAACAGCAAAGGACCUGGAUGUCGGUUUGAACUGUGGGAUUGUGGAGGUGAUCAAAAAUUUGAGACUUGCUGGCCUGCCCUGAUGAAAGAUUCCCAUGGUGUCGUCAUUAUUUUUAAUCCAGACUUGCCAAGCCAUGUGAAGGAAAUUGAAAUGUGGUACUCCUGUUUUGUCCAACAGCAGCAGUUGCUUGAGAAUCAGUGCUUGCUCAUUGCACAUCACAAACCAGGCACUCCAGGAGAUGUAGACAAUCUCACUUUGCCUUCACCAUUGAACAGGCUGACAUUGAUACACUCCAGCCUUGAAGAAGAUCCUGAAGAUGUUCGAAUGGAAUUCGUGAAGUUCCUGAAGAAUAUUACUAAUUUGGUAAAUGAGAACCGGGACAGAGAGGAGAUGUUGAUUAUUAAUUAGUAAUAUGAUAAACGUUGGACAAAUAAAUGGCUAUUAUUUAUUAAUAACUUAAGUUUCCAUUUGGAUUUUCUUCAUUAUUACAAACUCAUUUAUUUUUUCUUCCAAAUGUGAGAAUAACUGUAUUGACUUGGAAUUGUGUAACAAGGGAAUCAGCAUUCACUGUGCGGUACACAAUGAGAAAGAAAUACAUAGCUAUGGAUCCCUUAUACAGGUAGUCUUCAACUUACAACAGUUCAUUUAGUCACCUUUCAAACUUACAACAGCACUUUAAAAAGUGACAUGAUCAUUUUUAACACUUAUGAUCAUUUGCAGCAAUGCUCUGAUCAUGUGAUCAAAAUUUAAAUGCUUGGCAAAUGACUCAUAUUUAUUACGGUUGUAGUGUCCUGGGUCAUGUGAUCCCCUUUUGCAGCCUUCUGACAAGGAAAGUCAAUGGGCAAGCCAGAUUCACUUAACAACUGUAUUACUAAUUUAACAACUGCAGUGAUUCACUUAACAACUGUGACAAGAAAAGUCGUAAAAUGGGGAAAACUCACUUAACAAAUUUCUUACUUAACAACAUAAAUUUUGGGCUCAAUUGUGGUCGUAAGUCAAGGACUUCCUGUAUUAAAAUUAAAUUCUGAGUCCACUGUUCAAAAAUAUCCUUCAGUAUAUCCAAUGUUGUAAUAUUUGGCUUCGUUCUGUAAUUGUAAAUUAAGUUUGUGUUUCUUUAACUGUUAUCUUCUUUACAUCACAUCUGUUGGCAUUCAUUGCUCCACUAAACCAUGCUGCAUUUCUGAAAAGCAUCCAUCUCCAAUCUAAUCAGCCAGUUGUGUGCUGCAACAUCUUAUUUAAAAUUGACAAUGAGCUCUAAUUUGGGAUCAUCUUUCUGCUUUUUUUUUCAUCCAUGCUUGAUAAAGCAGUUGGCUCUUUAGGUGCAAGGAUGAGACCAGAGAGCUGAUUAACAUUGUUUGCUUGCUUAUAUUUGAAUUCCUUGCCUACCAGUAGUUGAGCAGAAGCUUCAAUGUGUUUGACAUUAUCAGCAAUAGCAGGAAAAUUGGUGAAAUCAUUAACUACCCGAGGCCAAAGUUUCCUUCCAGCAACAUUAAGUGUGCUUUGGUUUAUUUCAUCUAAGGAUUCCUUAAUGAUAAAUAGUGUCAUAUAUCAUUUUCAUGUAUCUCAAACAAAUUCUUAACUACUUGGGUGACAAUGGCCCUGGUUUAGAUUUCUCCUGAGUGGCCAUUCUCUGUAUGCCAAAUCUGGAAGGGCUUUUCAGUUUAUAGAGGAGUCCUGGCAGAUGAAGUUGCAGAAGAAACAUCUAUAUAGUACUAGAGAAAGACAAAGAGUCUGACAUGGGUAAAAGUCCACAUUAAAGAUUACAUCAUGCUGAUAAGAGUAGAAAAAUGAAAUUAUUCUGCAGAUAUGUGUAACACGACCUGGACCUUAUUAGAGAGGAAAUUGCUAUGAGAAUUCUAACAGAGGGAUAAAAACACUUUGAUCUUCUCUGAGUUAUAGCAUGACCGUGCAAAAAUAAGUGCUAUUAAUCAAAUGAGAUCUACUAACUAAUCAUGCAAAGCCUCAUGCUGUAAAGUUCAUUUUUUUCCCCAUAAAACAAAGUCACUUUCAUUUUUGUCUACAUUUUUAUAGAUAAUAAAUGAAAUGUUUAUACAAA